AUGAACCAGACUCCAUCCAAAAAUGCCCAGGAUUUAAUAGGCAUCCCUCAUCUAGGUUUUCCUGGAUCCUCAAGCCCAGCAGAGGGUCCUCGCUCAGCAGUCUCUCACACACCUGAGUUUCUGAGCUCCGUGGCCGGCCUGGCCCGUCUGUCUGUCCCUCCCCUAGCUCCCGGAAGUCUUCUUCAGCUUCCCGGUGGAACACCCUCAUCAUCGGUGUUGGAAGGGGCUCCAAGUCCUGCAUCCACCCAGCCAACUGAAGCUGAGGUGGCUGGAAGAGCACGUAAUGGGGUGUCUCUGCCAGCCUUUAAGAGCACCACAACCCAUGAGGCUGUGUCUUCACCUGUCCAGGCUGCAGAAUCGGUGGCUGUGGGAAUGAUCAGCCGAAAGGCAGCCCCUGCUGCUGCCAAGGACUCUGCUCACCCCCUGCAUUUGUCAGCAGCUCCAGAGAAUUCCAGAGGGCCCACCCUUUCGGCAGAACACACAUCCUCCCCUUUGGUGCCUUCUCUGCCUCUCACCCCAGCCAGCCGAGGGCAAGAAAUCCUUUCUGGGGAGGUUCUCACAUCCCCAUCAAAUGGCGCAGUGGCGGACUUCCCCUCCGUGCCUUCUUUCCUCCAGCUGGCAGGGAAUCAUGCCUCUCCAUCCGCCAUGCCCCCAAUGCCAACUCCUCAAGAAGCAGGCAAUUAUGGAUCCUCGCCUACUGCAGCUGCAGACCUGCUCCUCUCAGGCACAUUUCCUAAUCUUCCUUCCACGACUUGGACAUUUCCCCUGCAGAAAGAAGGUAACGGAACAGCUGUUUUAAAGAAAAACAAAAAGGCAAAUUUGACAGUUGCUCUCCAGACCGUUUCAAGUAAAGAGAGGCCAAGUCUUCACACUGUAAGUGGAGUCACCUCUGAUUUUAGCACUGAUCGGGUUUCUUCAGACAUUACACCACCAAGAACAAACCUCCUUCCUUCAGAAUUAUCUCCAUCUUCCAUCCCCUUCGCACGAGCCACCCAGACUGUUUCCCCAUCUCAUAGCUCUUCCAUCGCCAAGCCAGAUACUUACACAGUUGUGACGGACCAUUUUGAGUUGCCAGUUUCAGCUUCCAAACAGGUGACAGCAUUUCCCUCCUCCAGUGAGGUCUAUGAUUUCUCAACAAUGGGAGACAAGAAGAAGCCAGCAAUCACAGAUGUUUUCUGGCAUUCUCUUGCAGCAGAAACUGGAUCCCUUUCAACAGAACCAAUGAUAUCUGGCUUGCUGCAGCAAACAAAUUAUGAUGUGAACGGGCACACAAUUAACUCCACAAGUUGGGAAACUCACUCAGCUUCAACUGCUCCUCCCGGUGGUUUAAAUUCUGCUGCCAGUACAAUAAAAUCUCGGGAUUUCAAAGAUAAUGUUGGCCAUUUAGCGACUGCAGAAGGCUUUAGCAUUCAGGAUCCAGUCUCUGGUACAAGCACUAACCAGCUCGUCCAACAGUCAGACGUUACCAUGGUUGGAAACCAUACGGGCUUCUUGCCUAUAAACACUAACAACUAUUCCAGAGACUUUCAGACAGCUGAGGUUGAAGAUGACCCAUCCAUAAGUCAACAUUCUGUGUCUCAUCCCCAUCUACGGCUGCCCGCCCAUCCAACACACUCUCCUGUGCUGACCUCUCCAAGUCUAACUUCCACAGCUAGCUUAUGGGAAAUGCUUUCAGAUGGAAUGGAUACAAGUUUCCAAAUUUCCGGCAACAUUUAUCCACCUCCGGUGAUAAAUGCUUCCCCACCGUUCCAGGGUAUCCCGAGAUAUCACUCUACUGCUGAAUCCCCUCCUCUAUCAACCAGUGCCUUAUUCAGGACCCCAUCCAAAGCACUGCCGGCUUCUCAGCGCCCCGAGAAGUGGACAGUGGACUCCUCGGUGUCGCCCAAGGCAGAACCAACAGCAGCAACCAUGUUGUUUCUUCGGAAACCAAGUCCACUGGUGCUGUCUGCAGCCCUGGUUGCUAAGGGCGCCGGCAGCAGCCCUUCGGCUGUGGCCUCGGGAUUAGUCAAGAGCAGCUGGACCACUGCUGUAGCUAAAAACGUCACAAGCAACGCAGCAUCUGGCCCAAAGGUGACACCAGGGGUAGCCCAUCCAGCCUUCUCGUUCACGCCGACCUACAUGUUUGCAAGAACAGCACACACCAUGAGCACUCCCAUGGCCAUGCAAGGGAACACAGGCACUGCCUCUGGCCUGUUGUCCACAACACACCUCCCCAGGAAACCACAAGCCAUGCACACGGGCUUCCUGAACCCCACCAGCCCAGAGAUGCCCAAGGUGUCCACCGCACGCCCGCUGGCAAUCACGUCAGCCUUGACGUCCAUCACUGCACCAGUAAGGGCCACCCGGGUGCCGCCUUUGUCAGCAGAAAACACAGACGCCGGUCUUCCCUCUGUGUCCAUGGCCAUGGUCACAACUGGCAAAAUGGCAUCCAACCUGGAGUGUCAGAUGUCCAGUAAGCUCCUGGUGAAGACAGUUCUCUUUCUGACCCAAAGGAGGGUGCAGAUCAGUGAAACCUUGAAGCUUAAUGUAGCCAGAGGGCUCACACAGGCGUUGCGGAAGGCAUUUCGCCAGAAUGACGUCUUGGCUCAUGUGGACAUUCUGGAACAUUCUCACAAUGUCACUGUUGGUUAUUAUGCUACCAAAGGGAGGCUGGUCUACUUGCCUGCUGCAGUGAUUGAAACGCUGGGCGUUUAUGGGAUCAGCAAUGUCACUGCAGAUCUGAAGCAACACAUCCCAGCCUUGCAGUCUGUGGCAGUACUUGCCUCCCCGUGGACUCCCCAGCCUGCAGGCUACUUGCAGCUGAAAACAGUGCUACAGUUUGUGAGCCAGUCGGACAACAUACGGUCCUGCAAGUUUGCUCAGACGAUGGAACAGAGGCUACAGAGGGCCUUCCAGGAUGCCCAGAGGAAAGUUCUGAAUACUAAAAGCAACCUGACGAUUCAGAUGGUGAGCACGUCCAACGCCUCCCAGACAGUCACCUUGGUGUACGUGGUGGGCAAUCGAAGCUCCUUCCUCAACGGCACCGUGGCCAGCAGCCUCCUCCGCCAGCUCUCCGCUGAGCUGGUGGGGUUCUACCUCACCUACCCGCCGCUCACCAUCGCCGAACCGCUGGAAUACCCCAACCUUGAUAUAUCAGAAACAACCAGAGACUACUGGGUAAUUACAGUGCUGCAGGGCGUGGACAGUUCCCUGGUGGGCCUGCACAACCAAAGCUUCGCCCGGGUCAUGGAGCAGCGCCUGGCCCAGCUGUUCAUGAUGUCCCAGCAACAAGGCCGGCGGUUUAAACGGGCCACCACCCUGGGAAGCUACACUGUGCAGAUGGUAAAGAUGCAGCGGGUGCCAGGACCCAAGGACCCCGCGGAGCUGACUUACUACACCCUGUACAAUGGGAAGCCUUUGCUGGGGACAGCAGCUGCCAAGAUCCUGAGCACCAUUGACUCCCAAAGGAUGGCCUUGACCCUGCAUCACGUUGUCCUUCUGCAAGCUGACCCCGUGGUGAAGAACCCGCCCAACAACCUGUGGAUCAUCGCCGCGGUGCUGGCGCCCAUUGCCGUGGUCACAGUCAUCAUUAUCAUCAUCACUGCCGUGCUCUGCCGGAAGAACAAGAACGACUUCAAGCCAGACACCAUGAUGAACCUGCCCCAGAGAGCAAAGCCUGUGCAGGGCUUUGAUUAUGCCAAGCAGCACCUGGGCCAGCAAGGGGUGGACGAAGAGGUCAUCCCCGUGACUCAGGAAACGGUGGUCCUCCCACUGCCCGUUAGAGAUGCUCCUGCCUCUCAGGAAAGGGAUGCCCCUCAGGAUGGAAGUACCAUCAAGACGGCCAAAUCCAUCGAAACCAGAAAGAGCAGGUCGCCCAGUGAGAAUGGCUCUGUCAUCAGCAACGAAUCAGGGAAGCCCAGCUCGGGGAGGCGCUCACCCCAGAAUGUAAUGGCACAGCAGAAAGUGACAAAGGAGGAGGCAUGGAAGAGAAAUGUGGUGGCGAGUGACGAAGAGGAAGGAGCCGUCCUCUUUGACAGCUCUGGCAAGGCGGCUGCUGAUCCCUUUGACACGUCUUCUGGGUCUGUGCAGCUCAUCGGAAUAAAACCCACAGCCCUCCCCGUGGUGCACCCCACCUCGGACAGGAGCCAGGAGCCGGUCGUACUCAACGGCGAGGUGAACAAAGCCCUGAAGCAGAAGUCAGACAUCGAGCAUUAUCGGAACAAGCUGCGCCUCAAAGCCAAGAGGAAGGGGUACUACGACUUCCCUCCGGUGGAGGCGGGCAAGGCUCAGAUGGAAAGAAAAAAGAUGUAUGAAAAAGCCCCAAAGGAAAUCGAGCACGUUUUGGAUCCAGACCCAGAAAUGUGUGCCCCAUUCACUGAGGCUAAAAACAGGCAACAGAUGAAGAACUCUGUCUACCGGAGUCGGCAAUCUCUGAACAGCCCGAGUCCGGGAGAAACAGAGAUGGACCUUCUGGUGACUCGGGAGCGACCUCGGCGUGGAAUCCGUAACAGCGGAUACGAUACUGAGCCUGAAAUCAUAGAGGAAACCAACAUUGACAGAGUGAAUGAGCCCCGGGGCUACGCCCGGUCGAGGCAGGUGAAAGGCCACUCGGAGACCUCCACGCUGAGCUCGCAGCCCUCCAUCGACGAGGUCCGGCAACAGAUGCACAUGCUGCUGGAGGAGGCCUUCAGCCUGGCAUCCGCAGGACAUGCAGGCCAGAGCCGGCACCCAGAGGCAUAUGGCUCCGCCCAGCACCUGCCCUACUCCGAGGUGGUGACCAGCGCUCCUGGGACCAUGACGCGGCCCAGGGCUGGGGUGCACUGGGUGCCGACCUACCGCCCAGAAAUGUACCAGUACAGUCUGCCCCGGCCGGCCUACAGGUUUUCCCAGCUUCCUGAAAUGGUCAUGGGCUCUCCCCCUCCACCUGUGCCUCCGCGGACUGGCCCAGUGGCUGUCGCUUCUCUCAGGCGGUCCACCUCGGAUAUUGGAAGCAAGACCAGGAUGGCCGAGUCCGCGGGGCCUGAGCCCGCCCAGCUGCACGACAGCGCCUCCUUCGCGCAGGUGUCCCGAGGCCCUGUGUCUGUGGCGCAGUUGGAUCAGUCGGCUUUAAAUUACUCAGGUAAUACGGUGCCGGCAGUGUUCGCCAUUCCAGCUGCCAGCAGACCCGGCUUCACCGGCUACUUCAUCCCGACGCCUCCCUCGUCCUACAGGAACCAGGCCUGGAUGUCGUAUGCAGGAGAGAAUGAGCUCCCGAGCCAGUGGGCUGAUUCGGUCCCCCUCCCGGGGUACAUCGAGGCUUACCCCCGGUCCCGGUAUCAGCAGAACUCGCCCUCCAGGCUCCCUCGCCAGUACAGCCAGCCAGCCGGGCUGCACCCCAGCUUGGAGCAGGCCCCGCUGCCCUCCGCAGCAGCCUCACAGCAGAGCCUGGCGGAGAACGACCCGUCCGACACGCCCCUGACCAACAUCUCCACAGCGGCCCUGGUGAAGGCCAUCCGGGAAGAGGUGGCCAAGCUGGCCAAGAAGCAGACGGACAUGUUUGAGUUCCAGGUCUAA